AUGUCCAUCGUCACUAUCCGCAACGUCGAGUUCCUCAACAACCCCGCGCGCUUCUUGGAUCCUUAUCACUUUCGCGUCACAUUCGAAUGCAUCGCGGCCUUGAAAGAUGACCUCGAAUGGCGCCUCAUCUACGUCUCGUGCCCCGGGAAUGAAGAACUCGACCAGGAGCUCGAUGACUGCCUCGUCGGUCCUGUCCCAAUAGGCGUCAACUCCUUCGAGUUCGAGGGCUCACCGCCCUCGCCCUCCAAAAUCCCAUCAGAAGACGUCCUUGGCGUCGCCGCCCUCAUCCUGACCGGCUCGUACAGAGACCAAGAAUUCGUCCGCGUGGGGUACUAUCAAAACACGGAGUACGACAACGAGGAAAUGAAAGCCACCCCACCCGCCCAGAUCUCGUUCGAACGCCUCGUCAGAGAUAUCAGCACAAAGCCAAGAGUCACUCGCUUCCAGAUCAAAUGGGAUGUUUCACCGCAACAGCCGGUACAGACGGCAGCCGGCGCUGCAAACUCUGCCGCUGUCCCAUCCGCGAACGAUCUUGAUGAUGACAUCGCCUCAGCCGCAUCGUGACCCACUCCCGACGCUCUCUCAUGCUCGUCGUCGGAACUGCCGGACGCUUUCGUUCAUAUCCUUGUUUUUGUGUCUCUGAGGAGGUAUCCACGAGUUGUAUCUUAAUUUGACACGCCCUCUGAUGUAGCUACGGUCCGGUGAAUCAAAACUCUUUCUUCAUUCC